AAAAGAAAAAGAAAAAGAAAAAAUUUCUGAGAAAUGUGGGAGGAUACCUUAGAACGUGAUCUAGGCAUUUUUGUUAAUAAUCAUGAGUAUAGCGAUAUAGAAAUCUUGUGUAAAGAUGAGGAGAUAUUAUAUGGUUAUAAACCAAUUUUAACAGGAAGAUCCGCAGUAUUUAAUAAAUUACUUUGUUCUGAUGAGACGAAAGCAAUUUAUGAAAAGCAAAUUUUUUUUCCAUUGAUCAAUUCUUCUGAAAUGAAGAUUAUUUUACAAUAUAUUUGUACGGAAACAAUUCAAGAAGAAUCUUUAAUUAAGGAUAAUAUAAUUGAGAUUUAUUCUGCUGCGAAUUAUUUUCAAUUAUCGAAACUUAUGGAAAUUAUUAUGAAGAUUAUUAAGAUUACCUUUGAAAAGAAUCGUUCAACUAAUUAUUUGCCAGAAUUAUUAUCUAACUUGAUGGAUAAAACACUACAAUUAUCAGAAGAAGAAGAAAUUCUUUUAAAUUUAUUAGUCGAAAAAGUUGCCACAAUUCCGUUAAAUGAUAUUGAAUUUGGUCGACUAUCUAUUAAAGCACUUAAGUGCUUGCUUUUACGUACGUAUGAAAAAGAAAUUCCUUUCAUAACACCAGAAUAUGAAGUUUUUCGAUACAGUGCUAUUCUGGCGGCAAAACAAGUUUCUAGUGAUGCAUAUAAAACUCUCAUGGAACAGUUGCCUACUUUAAAACAAAUAGAGAAUUCAGUUCAAGUGGAAAAUAAAGUUAUUCCUGAUAAUCAAGAAGUUGCUAAAGAAUUAGAGCCAUGUAUUGAAUAUAUCGACUUUAGGAGAAUCAAAUCUCACAUUGAUAUAAUUGAGCCGUUAAAAAUCAUUUCCAAUCAAAUGAUUCAACGUAUAAAUGGAGAAUUGGGUAAAUCAGAUUAUUCAGAUUUAAAUAGUAUUCGAGGAAUACCAAUUUAUAGAAUCAGCGAUAUUUUUUGGGAUGAGUCAGCAUGUGGAUCAAAUCUUAUUAUUAAGGAAAAUGGAAAAGUAAUAUCUGCGUUGAAUAAUGUUUGUUCUUCACAUACAAAUGUCAGAGUUAAUAUGAUAUUAGAAAAUAAAAGUAUUUUUGAAUGGGAUGUUGUUAUUGAGGAAGCGUCUUCUUAUACUUGGGUUGGAGUAUGUGCAUCAGAAAAUUUUGAUUAUGAAAGAUUUGCAGGAUUUCAACCCACCGGUUGGGUAUUAGGUUCUAAUGGUGAUUGUUAUAAUUCUAAAAAUUGUGCAGUAAAUUAUUGUCCACCAUUUGGAAAUGAUACAAAAAUAACAGUUCAUUUAGAUAUGAUCAAAAGAACUUGUGCUUUUACAGUCAAUAAUAUAAAGUAUCCGGAGGUAUCAAAAUGGGAUAAUUUACCAUCAAAACUUUAUCCUGUAGUAUCAUUAUAUUCCUCUGGUCGCUGUCGAAUUUAGUCUUGUUUUAACGUUCAAUCGCACGUAUAAAAAAUUUUUUCUGCUAAAAUGUUAAAUAUAAAGACGGAUGUUUUUAGAUUAGUAUCACAGAAUAAUUAAUAUUCUUUAUUUC